CCCGAGGCCCCGCCCCGCCCCGCGCCUGCUCUCCCGGAAGCCCCGGCGGAGCGUGUGCAUGGCGCUCGAGGGCGGCCCGUCGCAGGCUGUCUCCACGGCGGCCGCGCUCUUCACCUGGCAUUUAAAUGGCUCCACCACUCACCUUCAAAAGAAACAUCUUGGGAAGAGAAUCUUGAAGAGAUAAGAAUUUCUGAAGCGGUCUGCUCUGGUCUGGACUCCUUGGAACUUAAGUGUUUUACAGUGCAAAGUUCACCACGUGGCGACAACCUGUGGGCACGCGGGACAGGCCAUCGGGUCGAACACCAGCUGGAGCUCUGCCGUUUCUCAGCAGUCUGCACGGUCUUCUCGAGGCUGGUGAUCAGCUCCUUCCGUAUUCACAAGCCGAGGUAGCUGGCACCCACUCCCCGGCUUACCCUUACGGGGCACACCAGCGCACUGCCUGCCAGCAGCGAGAUGGGGCGGACCUCAAAGGAUAAACGAGACGUCUACUACCGCCUGGCCAAGGAGAACGGCUGGCGGGCCCGGAGUGCCUUCAAGCUCCUUCAGCUGGAUGAGGAGUUCCAGCUCUUCCGAGGUGUGCAGCGAGCUGUUGACCUGUGUGCAGCCCCCGGCAGCUGGAGCCAGGUGCUGAGCCAGAAGAUUGGCAGCCAGGGUUCUAGUCAGGUGGUGGCUGUGGACCUGCAGGCCAUGGCUCCACUCCCAGGAGUGACCCAGAUCCAGGGGGACAUCACUCAGCUUUCUACCGCCAAGGAGAUCAUUCGGCACUUCGAGGGCUGCCCUGCCGACCUGGUAGUGUGUGAUGGCGCUCCUGACGUCACUGGCCUCCACGAUGUCGAUGAGUACAUGCAGGCCCAGCUUCUGCUGGCUGCUCUCAACAUUGCUACGCAUGUCUUGAAGCUGGGCGGCUGCUUUGUAGCCAAGAUUUUCCGAGGCCGCGACGUGACCCUGCUUUACAGCCAGCUUCGCAUCUUCUUCUCCAGUGUGCUCUGUGCCAAGCCCAAGAGCAGCCGCAACUCCAGCAUCGAGGCCUUUGCUGUCUGUCAGGGCUAUGACCCUCCUGAGGGCUUCCUCCCAGACCUGACCAGACCCCUGCUGGACCACGCCUACAACUCAGAUUUCAACCAGCUAGAUGGUCCCAGCCGCGUUAUUGUGCCCUUUGUGACCUGUGGCGACCUCAGCGCCUACGAUUCGGACCGCAGUUACCCUCUGGAUCUAGAAGAUGGCUCCGAGUACAAGUAUACUCCGCCCACACAGCCCCCCAUCGCACCCCCAUACCAGGAGGCCUGCAGGUUGAAGAAGCAUGGACAGCUGGCCAAGGAGCUCCUCCCCCAGGAAUGCUGCAGCAGCAGAGUAGACCAGUUGCCCCAGCCUCUGGCCAUCUCUCAGUGCCAUACCCCGCUGGCCCCCGAGGUAGAAGACAAUGAAAGGAAUUGCUCGCCCUAACAGGUGAAGGGUUUUCAGUAACAGCCACACUAGAACAGCUUAGAAGCCGCUGCCCUCCUGGAAAACCAGAAGCUGGCGUUCGUUGCAGAUAUCAUCUAUGGAGCCUGAGAAGAUAAGCCUGGAGUGGGAGUUUGCAACAACUCAAAGUAAAGAAGUGUGGAGCUGCAGGAGGGAUGCCUCUUCCCUGAACCUCUGCUGGUGCACCCUGAACAGUCCAGGAGUUCCCGCCAAAGCAGGGUUUUACCAUGGGUUAAACAGCAGGGCUCCACCAACACCAGCUUGAUGGAGGAAAGUGGUACAUCUUCACAGUAACUCAAGUUUUGCUUCAUUCCCAGCUACAAAUAUUGACAAUAAACCAAAAUAGUAAAAGCCCUCCCACCAAAAAAAGAAUUUUUGAAUUAUUAAGAAGAUUCUCCUUGUGGAUUCACUAUUCCUUCUGUGUAACUGAACUGACAAACUGAAACCCUUGAACAUACUGGGCAUUAGGCGCCUUACACUGUCUGUCCUCUAUUGUGUUUGUACCUUUGAUGGCAGAGAUGUCACUAUUUCAUUAAAUGGAUAUUGCCCUA